GUUCGCAGGGCGACUUCAUUCACCCAUGUGUGGUGAAGGGAGCACGCUUACGCAUGACAGGGUCUUCGACUCCCAUCUCCGUCACCCUAGGAGAUGACAAGACCCAACGCUUCUUCGAUCAGACGGUCACCGACCUCCCUUUCUUCCUCACUCUCGAGGCGACUGAUCAUCCCCCGGUGUCUCGUCGCCACCGCUCCUCUGCACAUUUCGAUGUGAUAGAGACGAGAGCCCGUGCACUAGCAGCACCUAGGGAAACAGCAAACGCCGCAGCUAGGGAACAGGCUGCAGCAGCAGCCAGGGCAGCAGCCAUGACUAGCUCAGCAGCAUCCUCUGCUGCGUUGUCUGGGACCAAUGGGACCCAAGAGGGAAUGCCAACAGGGUCUACGGGUACUUCCAGUUCGUUAGGUUCUUGUCAGUCUACAAGUCAAAUGGCGGGCUCGCAGUUCAGCCCGUUGACUCCUCGCGAAAGGGAGCUCAGAGAGCUCCAACAGGUCGAGAGGAUCCGUGAACGAUUAGAGAGGGAACUGAAGCAAGCAACCGAUAGGGAAAGAGAGAUUAAAAAUAGAGCAGCCAGGCUUGAUAUGUUAGAGGCAGACAAAGCUGAGUUAGAGGGAUUGGAUGAGUCAGGACUAUCUGACCAAAUGAAAGUGUUGAAAAACAACAUGUUGUCGCUGCAUGCGCACGUGGACAGCAGGUUGGACUUCAUGCAGAACACUUUGGACCAGAUCCUGGACAUUUUGCAAAGGCCAGGAUAUAGGCCACCAGCACAGUCGCCGCUGCCGUUGACGGCGAUGUCUGGCCCCUUUCCAUUUCAAGCUGGCACACAACCAAGUGGCACGUCUGCAGCAGCCGCACAGACUGUUGCGUCUUCUUCUUCGGGUCGAGCGGUGAGAGCUACACCACUGCAACAACCUGUUCCUCCACAGGGACAGCCGCAAGGUCAAUGGUACCCUAAGACCCCAAUGAAACCACCUCUUGCCUUCUCAGGCGAGAGGAAGGACGAAGAACUCAAUACAUGGUUGAGAACAGUUCCGGUUUGGGUGAAGGCGAAAAGGACCUUGCCAGAGGACGAAGUGGUUACUGCUGCAUCUUACCUCGAAGUGAUGCCCUUUGGUCUUUGCAAUGCGCCGGGAACAUUCCAGCACACUAUGAAUCAGAUCUUCCAUGACCAUUUAGAUAACUUUAUCAUUGUUUACCUUGACGACAUUCUGAUCUUUAGUAAGUCUGCUGAGGAGCAUGCACAGCACGUUGAGACUGUACUUUCACUCCAGCGACAGCACAAGUAUAAGGUCAACUUAAAGAAGUGUGAGUUUGGUCGCACUAAGAUAUUAUACUUGGGUCAUGAAGUAUCCGCGGAGGGAAUUAGGCCAGAAGAUGCGAAGGUGGCUAGUAUUCUAGACUGGCGACGACCUCAGACUGUCACUGAGGUCAGAUCUUUCUUAGGAAUGUGCGGCUACUAUAGGAAGUUCGUAAAGAACUAUUCUACAGUCGCCUCUCCUUUGACGGAUCUAACUCGACUUGACACGCCGUGGGACUGGAGUGAUGAGUGCGAGGGUGCUUUCAAGCGAUUGAAGCAUACACUCAUGAAUCAUGAAGUUCUCAUGGUUCUCGAUCCUCAGAAGCCAUUUAUAGUGACCACUGACGCAAGCCAAUAUGGCACUGGCCCAGUGCUGGCUCAGCAAGAUGGGAAGAAGUUGAGACCGAUUGAGUACAUGAGCAAGAAAAUGCCAUCGAAGAAAUUGGCAAAGUCCACCUACGAAAGGGAACUUUAUGCUCUCUAUAAGGCACUUGUCCAUUGGAGACACUUCCUAUUGGGAAGGUUCUUCUACUUGAGGACUGAUCAUCAGACCCUCAAAUGGAUCAAGACUCAACCGGCUCUUUAUGACGCAUUCAAGCGAUGGGUUGAAGUCAUAGACCAAUAUGACUUCAAGCUUGAGUAUCUGAAGGGGGAGUACAACAAGGUUGCAGACGCGCUAUCAUGUAGGGCAGACUACCUAGGUGCGCUAGUUUCUGACUUUGGUGUAUCUGAAGAAGUAACUCAAUCAUUGGUGGGAGCCUAUCAGGAAGACCCUGUCACGAUGGACAUCAUGGGCAAACUUCAGGCAAAAGACAAGGCCACGGAAAGUGAGUUUGUGAUGGUGGACAGGCUACUCUAUCUUGAUAAGGCCGGUGUUAAAAGGCUAGUAGUUCCAUCUAGUGAACGUUUGCGUAGUUUGUUUUUAGGAGAAUGCCAUGAUGCAACCGGGCACUUUGGUUACAAAAAGACGAGUGUUAAUCUAGUACAACAAUUUUGGUGGCCUGGAAUGCUAGAAGAUGCGAAGAAGUAUGUAGAGACCUGUCAGGUCUGUCAGCGGGACAAGCCGCGAACUCAAGCACCGCUUGGGUUGCUGAAGCCCUUACCUAUCCCUACUGGUCCAGGACAGAGUGUUUCCAUGGAUUUCAUGGACACCCUGGUGACCAGCAAGAGUGGCAAGAGGCACAUCUUCGUCAGACUAGUUGCCAUGCCAGAGACCGCAAGGACUGACCACGUCAUUUUGUUGUUUAUGAACAACUGGGAUGAUUGGGAUGAGAAGUUGCCUCUCAUCGCCAGCCUGUACAACAAUGCUGUACACAGCAGUACCGGCAUCAGUCCUAAUCAGCUGCACUUGGGAUGGAAGCCUAGAUCAGCUCUAGACUUCCUCCUACCUGAAAACCGAUCCUCUACAACUCCCGGCACACUUGAGUAUGGUGUGCAGUAUGAGAAGUUGCUGCAGCAAGCUGUCGAGCACAUCAAGAAAGCUCAGCAAGCAAUGAUUGCUUCUGAGAACAAGCAUCGGCGACAGUCCUCAUUUCUGGUAGGGGAACGUGUUUGGGUCAAGGCUAGUGAGCUAGGACAGGAAUUCGUGGGGGAUGAGAUGGAUGGUCCCACUUAUGUGAUCCGCAUCCCUGGACACCUACGCACUCACCCUGUCUUUCAUGCCUCAAAGCUUGCACCUUUCGCUGAGACGGAUCAGUUCUCUUCAAGGAGAUCGAUGCUGCCCCCAACCAUGGAUGGUCAAGUGGACAUCGACGACAUUGUGGAUCACAAAGAUCUGCCUGUUCAGAAGCCAUUGGGUAGAGGAAGACCUCCAAAACCCAAGCGGGAAUAUCGUGUCAGGUUCAGGCAUCAUACAGAUCCAAAGGAAGACCGAUGGUUCACCAGAGAGGAACUGAUUGACACAACUCCUCAAGUGCUAGCAGAAUAUGAGAAGAAGCUGAAAGGGAAGGCACAUGCGAAAAGAAAAGAUGGACCACCCGGGGCAGCAUGUGUCUUUGAGCUUGGGGCGGGACAUAAUGGCCAUCGUAGCCGCGAGUCGAUUCUGGAAGGAAACCCGGGAUGUGAUGAUGAGGAAAUACCUGACAGCGGAGAAAAUGGCUACGGAGGCCGAUUUAGUGGCAGUUCAGAGGAGAAAAUGGCUACGUACAAUGACUUCCUACGGGAGUUUACUCUGGUAGCACUAAGGAUCCCCGGGGUCACGGACCGGAUAAUGAGCAAAUACUUCCUCAGGCAGUUCUCCGAGUUUGACAAAGACAAGAUUUUGUCGGCUUACCAACAGACGAGCAAGUUUGUAAACACCAGGGAUGUUGAUUUUAGCACAGUAACGGAUCAAGCCGAGAAGACAAUAGUGACUGAGACAUUGGCCUUGCUUAAGGAAGGGGAGGUCAUAGAUCUCACUGGUAGGACAUGCGACAAGGUAAAGAAGGGGAUUGAAAGUCUACAUGAACGGGUGCACGGAGUCGACAACAAGAUUGAAAGGGUGGAGAACGCGCUACUGGUUAUGCAGGCGCAAGUAUCCCGACCCGCCCUCCCUCCCCAGGAAGCCGUAGUUCUGCCAGGAGUAGCCAAUCGAGGAUUCGGACGAACAAAUCCCGCUAAUGAGCAAUGCGAGUACUACACCGCGGUGGGGCAUUUUGUGUGCGCAUGUCCAAAACUCAACCAUGAUAUAUUAAAAAGGAGAUGUACUAGGUCAUUAAAGGGAGAGAUAUUCGGACCGCAGGGAGAACGAGUGAAUUGGAACUCGCCAGGGGGGAUGCGGCGAGCCAUCAUUAUGCUCAAUGGGCUAGAGAUAGCGGCCGUAGAGGCUGAGCCGGUGAUCGAUAUUAUUUGGGAUCAACUUCGGGGCCGGGGGCCGCAAGUCAACUUCAUUCUGGAAAACGACGGACGUGAUAGGGUGAACGCGACUACUCGGCUAGGGACGGCUGGGAGAAGGAUUAUCCGUGACACCGUGAUGGAGGAGGUUGCUGGAAGCUCUGUACCCCAGGCAGAGCCCGAGGCCGGGGAACCAGAGAAAGUCUAUGGGAAGCCUAGGGAAGAGGAGCCUACAAACAAAGUUACCGCUGCUAAAAAGAAGUUUAGGUAUCAAAUCCCAAUCUUAACCAUGCCUGAGAUGGAUGACACCCUUAGCAAAUUACUAGGAACCAUGAUAUCGGUGUCAUUUCAGACCAUGCUGCAGGCCAGCCCUAGGUUGCUCAAAGGGCUUGGACAACUGUUGACUCGAUGGCGAGUAGAAAUAGAUGAAAACCCCGAAUUACCGGAAGGGGAAGGGGAGGAGGAAGCUCCGCAAGAGGUCGCUAACCUUCAGAGGAGUCGCGGGGAUUUGGAGGAUCUCGAGAAAGCCUUUGCGGACAUUCACCUGAGCUUGCCUGACCGAGAAGGUGGCGAGAUCAUGAGGGCACCUCCCGGAACAAAGCUCAGCUUCCAUGCGCUACCCGUAGGAAAGUUGAAAAUCCAGAUCGGGACUCAUCAUACCGACGCAUUAGUAGACGGGGGAGCGGAAAUCACUAUCGUAAGGAGAGAUUUCGCAGCAAUCACGGGCUGUACGGUAAAUAAGGAAGUAACAGGAAGCAUCCGGGGAGCCAACAGGGAAAUUUCAUUCGCUGGGUAUGUCACGAAAUGCGCAGUCAAGGCAGGAAUCAGGGAGUCGAUCUGGUCGUUUCAACGGAUGACAAUAAUGGAGGAAAUGGACCACGACAUAAUCCUCGGGAGACCAUGGUGCGCAAACGUAGAAAUGAUAGGCAUGCACUUGCACGAUGGCAUGUACAUGGUAGACAUAGAGAACCCAGUGACCGGCAGGGGCGAGCUCCUCCGACUUCUUGGGACGGCAGGAGACCCUCCGAAGGGGAAGUUAGCAACAUGGUCACCAUCAUUCGAAGAUAGCGCGCGGAAGGGGGGUUUUGCGCGGAUGGAGGGCAUGAGAGAAAGGGUAGAAAUCAUGAUCGAGGAAGCAUUCAAUAAGAAGGAAUGGAUCAAGAUGGGCCUGCCUCAGAAGAAGAGAAGGCAGGAGGACGAAGUCUUAGGUGUUAUGGUGGCAGAAAGAGAAUCAAAAGUCGAACUCGGAGCCAGCCUGCCCAAGCGGAAAGAAGUGCGUGUGGACGUGCCAAAAGUCGCACUCGAGAUUCCCAAUUUGUUACAGCUCAUCAAGGCCAUCAGAUUCCACAACGUAGGAGUGGACUCGGCGACAUUGGCCAAAUUCGAAAGAGAAGUGCAAAAGGGAUAUUGUCUGAAUGGAAAAUUAGUCAGCAUUCAACCACGAACCGUAGAGGUGACGAGGGUAAUCCCGGCCGUUCAUUUUUUAGGAGAAAGAUCCCGGAAGGAAGUGUUCGAAAAUCUGGCAAAGACGGACAAGAUAUCACAAUGGCCAACACCCCUGCGCACGACAACGGAGGUAAGAGCAUUCUUAGGCGUGGUCGACUUUUGGAGGAUUUUCAUUAAAAGUUUUGCCAAAAUCGUUGAGCCUAUCCGGGCCAUGAUUAGAGAAGAAGGGACCAUGGAUUGGACGGAGGAGCGAGAAGGGGCCGUCCAAACACUCAAGGACAUACUGACGUUUGAGCAAGUCGCCUUGUUCGCACCCUGUUUUAAUGACGAAGUGGGACGACCAUUCAUCCUAGAAACGGAUGGAGGACCCUUGGCCGUAGGAGGCAUGCUUAUUCAAAAGGAUGAGGAAGGAAAUGAGAGACCAAUUAGGUUCGAAAGUAGAACCCUGAACUCCGCAGAACGGUGGUACUCGCAGUUCAAGAAGGAGGUCCUAACCAUCUUGCAUUGCCUCACGACCUUUCAGGCCUACCUAUUUGGGAGGCGGUUCAUCCUAAGGAUCGAUCCAACGAAUGUCGCAGGGACCUUAAAGAAUUACAGGCCUAUAGAUCCGACGGUGGGGAGAUGGGUAGGAUUUAUCUGGCAGCUCGAUUACAAGAUUGAACGAAUCGCCGGAAUCCGAAACGAGGCCGAUGGGCUGAGUCGGGUCUGCAUCACUCCCGAAGGGGUGGAGGAUGCGGAGCCCAUAGACGCAUUCCUUGAAUACGAAGAAGAAACUCUUGCGGUGGAUAACGAAAUGAUGGCCGAAGAAUGCGCGUCAGGUGAACUGUUGAUCCGGACUUUGGAGAAGGGGGCACCUACCAUAGUAGCAGAACUUAGAGAAGGACCAGUCAUCACUCGAGGUCGCCAAGAGGAGAAAGAUUUGUGGGGAGCGAUGGUAGGAUCGAAGGAGGAACUAAUAGCAAUGGCGGUUGAGGUGGAUGCGCGAGACAACUUGAGUGGGUUCGUAGCGGCGGUCGCUCGCAAGAAAAAGACAGGGAGAAGUGUAGCGGAUUGGAUAGAAGACUUCUACUUGAGGCAUCCCUUCAUCAAGAGGUUUAUAGAAGACAAUGUGACAAAAUUUGUGAACCAAGAAGUGUUGGGAAUGGUUAAAAGGCUCUGUGUACCGAUCAAGCUCAUCGAGCCAUAUCAUCCGGAGGCCAAUGUCCCUGUGGAAAAAGGGCACCGGACCUUAAAGAACACAAUUGCGAAGCUCGCAGCGGACAAUCUGGGGAGCUGGCCUAGGUAUCUUAAGCAGACUGUCUUCUCAGAAAACAUGACACCUAAGAGGACAACGGGAUGUAUCCUAGCAGAACUUUGGUACGGAAGAGAGAUCGACUUUCCGGUGGAAGCCUUGAUACCUGCCUGGAACAGGUUAGAUGAUGAUCCGCGAAUGACCACGGAAGAAUUGAUUGAAGCAAGAUGUCAACAAGUUCUUAGGAACGAGGAGGUCAUGGAAGGCAUCGCCAAUCGGGUACAAGACAGCAGAAUGAGGGACAAAGCAAGGUGGGACCAGGUUAAGAAUGUCAGAAAGGAGCCACUUCAAUUGGGGGAGACGGUAUUGCUAAGGAACUCGGCACUAGAAAGUACUUGGUCUGGACAGCUGGGGAGGAGGUUCAAAGGCCCCUACCGGGUCGCCAAGCGGGUGGGACUGAACACCUUUGAACUGUAUUGAAAGGACCCUUCCCGGGGCAACGAUUGGUCAGGUUUCUAAGUCGGGACUCAGUGGAACAAUCGCUUCAG